AUGACAGACAGUGACACAAAUCUCCCAACUAUCGAGAGAAAGCUGGGACUGCAGAUAUGGGGCAUAGAGAAUAUGAAGAUGGUUCCUCUACCUGAAAAGGCUUAUGGGACUUUUUUUGAAGGCGACUGUUACAUAGUUCUGCACACCAAAAGAACCUCUCGCGGCUCUGCUGUGGAUUUGCAUUACUGGAUUGGCAAAGAUUCAUCUCAGGAUGAGCAAGGUGCUGUGGCCCUGUACGUCACCCAGCUGGACAACGCGCUCAGGGGGAACCCCGUGCAGCACCGGGAAGUGCAGGGACAUGAGUCUGAGACUUUCCAAAGCUAUUUCCGCAAUGGCAUUAUCUACAAGAAGGGAGGAGUGGCUUCAGGAUUUAAGCAUGUGGAGACCAACAUGUAUAACAUCAAGCGUCUUCUUCAUGUAAAGGGGAAGAAGCAUGUGUCAGCCACAGAGGUAGCACUUUCCUGGGACAGUUUCAAUAAGGGUGAUGUUUUCUUGCUGGACCUUGGGAAAGUGCUGAUUCAAUGGAACGGACCCAACUGCAGCAUUGCUGAGAAAUCCAGGGGUCUCGCGCUGGCUCGCAGCAUCAGGGACAGCGAAAGAGGCGGCCGUGCUCAAAUCGGCAUCAUUGACAAUGAGAAAGACUCCCCAGACCUCAUGCAGAUCAUGAAGAUGGUGCUGGGUGAGAGGCGCGGGGAGCUCCGAGACCCCAUCCCGGAUGCAAAAGCAGAUGAGCUGCAGAAAGCAAAUGUCCGGCUCUACCAUGUCUAUGAGAAGGACAGCGACCUGGUGGUACAGGAGAUAGCCACCCGGCCCCUGACGCAGGAUCUGCUCCAGCACGAGGACUGCUACAUCUUAGACCAAGGUGGUUUUAAGAUUUACGUCUGGAGAGGAAAAGCCUCCAGCCUGGAAGAGAAAAAAGCAGCCUUCACUCGAGCUGUGGGUUUUAUCCAAGCCAAAGGCUAUCCUUCAUCCACCAACAUUGAAGUGAUCAAUGAUGGAGCAGAGUCAGCCAUGUUUAAACAGCUCUUCCAGAGGUGGACAGAAAAGGACGAAACACAAGGAUUGGGCAAAGUCUACACUACGGGAAAAAUUGCCAAGGUGGAGCAGGUGAAGUUUGACACCACUCAGCUCCACGCCAGACCGGAGCUAGCUGCUGAGCAGAGAAUGGUGGAUGAUGCCUCCGGGGAGAUAGAGGUGUGGAGGAUUGAGGACUUGCAAAUGCGGCCAGUGAAUCCCAAGACAUAUGGGCAGUUCUACGGGGGUGAUUGCUACCUGGUCCUGUACACCUACCUGAGAUCAGGCAGGCCUCACUAUGUCCUCUACAUGUGGCAGGGUCGCCAUGCCUCUGUGGAUGAAAUCACCGCCUGUGCCCUCAACGCCAUCGAGCUGGACAAGCAGCAUGGGGACGAGGCUGUGCAGGUGCGCGUGACAAUGGGCAAGGAGCCCGCACACUUCCUGGCCAUCUUCAAGGGCAAGCUGGUCAUUUACGAGGGUGGCACGAGCCGGACUCAAAAAAGCACGCCAGAGCCAGCGAUCCGCCUCUUCCAGGUGAGGGGCACGGAUGAGAUGAACACAAAGGCCACGGAGGUGCCGGCCCGGGCCUCCUCGCUCAACUCCAACGACGUCUUCCUGCUGACAACCAGCCAAGUCUGCUACCUGUGGUGCGGGAAGGGAUGCAGCGGAGAUGAGAGGGAGAUGGCAAAAAUGGUAGCUGACAUCGUUUCCAAACGGGACAAGCACACCAUUUUGGAAGGACAAGAGCCAGCAGAGUUCUGGGAAGCCUUGGGAGGCAAAGCACCUUACGCCAGUGAAAAGAGGUUUCAAGAGCAGAUCACACACUACCAGCCUCGCCUCUUCGAGUGCUCCAACCAGACGGGCCGAUUCAUCAUGACAGAGGUGGUGGGCUUCUGCCAGGAAGACUUGGAUGAAGAUGAUGUCAUGCUGCUAGACACAUGGGAAGAGAUUUUCCUUUGGAUUGGCAGAGCCUCCAACACAUACGAGAGGAACGAGGCAAUUGCCUCGGCUAAGGAGUAUCUCAAGACCCAUCCGGCAGGGAGAGACUUGGCAACUCCGAUAAUACUGGUGAAGCAGGGCUAUGAACCCCUCAACUUCACAGGAUGGUUCAACGCUUGGGACCCCUACAAAUGGAGCGAUGGCAAGUCCUAUGAGGAGAUGAAGAACAGCUUAGGAGACGUGUCGGCUAUAUCCGAGAUCAAAGUGAAUGAGACUGCUGAUCUUAACAACAUCAGCCUGAACAAGAGAACCAUGACCAACUUGGCUGGUUCAAGUAUGGCAAGUGCUUCCCCUGAGUAUAAAUCACACUUUAACCACAGUGACAGCAACAGCUACAGCAAUAGCAGCAACUACAACAGCAACAGCAGCCCUUCCCUGGUGCCCAACGGCGAAGGAAUUUACUCCCGGGAGGUGCUGAUGAACAAGACGGUGGAUGAACUUCCAGAAGGUGUGGAUCCCACUAAAAAAGAGUACUAUCUCUCUGAUGCUGAUUUCCAUGAUAUCUUUGGGAAGUCCAAGGACGAGUUCUACCAGAUGCCCAAAUGGAAGCAGCAGAAUGAGAAGAAGCAAUAUGGACUCUUCUGA